UGAACUAAGAAAAAUUCUCAGAUGUCAGCAAAUGUAAACAAAAACAAAAGACUGCCGGGAAUUAUGAUAAAUUUUCUGUACCCACGUAUUUGUUUCACCCUCUACUAAUGUAUUCAUGAAUGACUUUAUUUUGAAAGGGAGAAAUUAUCUGAAAAUGAGGUAUUAAAUUGGAAGAAAGGAGAUUAUAUUGAAGUUUGAAUAUGCAUUUUGAUACUGCAGUGAAUUGGCUUGAUCAGGCAGAUCAUUCUAUCAGUCUGGAGAACACUGAGGUAUUACGUUUAAGAAAAUUGAUGCACGAAAAUAUCCUUAAAGUGGAAAAAGAAAAUUUGGAAACUAUCCGGAAAGAAUUAAAUAACCAGAAAGAAACAAAUGUAAAAACUGUUCACCAAAGUAAUGAUUUCAAGAAAAUUCCUAAGCAUGCUAGUGGGCCAUCUUCUACAGCUUUAAAGACAAGAUCAGCAUUAUUUAAGGGUGUUAGACAGCAGCCAAGCAUGUCUAAGGUUCAAACAGCUUCAAAUACAGAUAAUUCAAACAUAAAUUCUGACAAUGUCUGCAAAAAUGCACAGCCAAAUUGCCAGUACUCAUCCAUUCAUUUUCUUAAUCAUUUCCAUUCUUCAUUUCUUUCUUCAAAGACACAAAGAAACUUUCAGUCAUAUGAUGUAAAGGACAAGUACAUAGCUUGUGCUGUUCCUUUAGCUCCUCCAUGUCAGAAAAAAGAAAUUGUUAACUUAAAGCAAGACAUUGUUCCUCAUACAAGCUCUCUGUAUGUUCCUAAUAAUGUUGCUUAUCAUUUUGUAUCUGACAAUAUCCCUAAAAAACUCUCAAUACAAGUUUUACCUAGCAUUAGUAUUAUGAAUAGAAAGCCUUGUAAUAAUGAAAAUGUUAGAAUUGAAGAAAUCAGAGAGAGAAAUUAUGCUUCUGGAGACUGUGUUAAAACGACAGUUUUACCUGCUGUGUCUGAAGAAGUUCGAAAUCGAAUAGCAAGUAUCAACUUAAGUUCAGUGCAAGGAAAUAAAAUUUCACCAUCUAAAAAUAAAAAUGACCAGCCAUCCAUACCUCAUCUCAAAAAAUCUGUUUUCACUCAAAGCUCUCAAAAUGAUGGAUCAUUGCAAGUACUGCCUGACAAGGAUCUUCUAAAAGAAACUAUCAGGGAAGUUUUGCAGGAGUUCCAGCAUGAAUUUCUUCAGGAAUUCAUUAAACUUUCAGCAGACAAGAAAUUCAUGGCAGAUCAGAAUGAACAAAACUUAUCUUCACCUGAGAAUGACUGUGAACUUGAUUCUUUUAUUGGCAAUGCUGAUUCUCUUGCAAAAGAUGUUACAACUAUGGUUUUCCCAAAUAUCUUCAUGAAAUCUAACUGCACUCAAACAAAUUGUGAUCAACAUGAAACAGCAUUUAAUGAGAUAGAUGUAAAGAAUUUGAUUCAUGAAGUUGUAUUGGAAAUGCAACAAAAUUCUUCUUUGAAAUUUAGCCAAAGCAUGGAAGUGCCAACAAACGCAUUUACAAUUGAAAAAGUACACAGAGAUAUUCAAGUUGAUUUAAAACAUGAUGAAAUAAAUCAAGUCAUAAGUCAUACUUCAAAAGCAGUACAAGCCUCCUUCAUAACUGAAAAUGAAACCUUGAGCACUAUUAAAACAGACAAAGGACCAGAUGUAAAUGACAGCUUUACAGAAGAUCAUUUUGAAUCAACAUCAAAUGCUGCAACUGUGAAAAACAGUGACAUUCCAGAAUGUCAUGGAACAAAUACUGAUGCUGCAGCUAAUUCAGAAAUUCCUACAAAACUGGAAUCUGUAUUGAAUUUUAUUUAUAAUCGAUUUUGCAGAGAAACUGGUGAACUCUCACUUAGUACAGAAAGGAUUCUUUCAAAUCCACCACCAAUAAGAACUAGAGAAGUAUCUAUUCAAUUCAAUCCUGUUUCUACCUCUACCAAAAGCACAACCACUUCUGAAGUUGCUUUGGUUGAUGCAUCUAAUCAGUGUGAUGUUCUUUUACCAAAGCAAGUUGAAGAAAAAGAAGUUAUGAAUGCCUCAGUUCAAGCAAUGCCAGAAUCAGAAAUGAUCGUACCAGUUCCUGUUCAAGAGAAAGUUGAUUCUUCUGUACAGUGGGAACAACCUGUUUCAGUUUUGAGAGAUUCAUAUGUACAGACAAUGGAUUUCCUCAUGCCUUCUGAGAAUUCUGCCCAUACUUCUGUAUCAAGCACACCUGUAAGUGACAGUAUCUUUCUCGAUGACAUGCUUUCAGAAGGGGAAGUGUUCCUGCCUUGGAAUUUGCGACUUUUGUCACAUGCAGACAAAACUGCAAUUCAAAGUUUGAGUAAUGCAUAUGAAGCUAGUGACAAAGAGAAGGAUUAUUCUUUAAGUGAGGGAGAAGUUCCACCAAAAUAUCUUCAGCAGUUGAACUUAGCACAGUCUCCUUCAUAUGAUAGCAGCAGUGGUGCAUAUUCAGAUCCUCCUAGAUAUUCUCAAAAUACAACCUCUUCAACACAGAGAGGCCAUUCCCUGACCAGUCCAGAGGUAGAAUCUCUUCCACUCACUGCGCAUGAAAGGCGAAGUCAGUGCCGAGCCUCCAGUUCCUCUUUAUCUGAAGGAGAAGUCAAAAAUUCUAGUUCUUCACUGUCAGAAGGAGAGGUGCCAUAUGGUUUCCUCAGGCAGAGAUUAGCAUUCCAGCAUGCUUCCUCUGCACCAAGCUCUGCUUUUGGUAUCCCACAGCAUGAGUCAGGAAUCAUGCAUGGGAUUGUUCUGGAUAGUCAAAAUCUGGGGGAAAGUUCUCAAUUACAAGAGAAUUUCGGUCAUUCCAUUUUAGAUUUAUCUGAAGGAGAAGUAAUUGGUCGAUCCCAGACACCCUACCAAUCCACUCCUUUUACUUCUUUUUUAGAUACAGUUAGUGAGGAAAAAUAAUUAUACACAGCUUACGAUGCUUCAUUGUUCAUUAUUUUUGCUGAUAAUAUUGCAUGGACAUUUAAAAAUAUACAUAUUUUUUAUUUUAUGUAUUAGCUAGCAAUAAUGGAAACACCGCUGACUUUAUCUUUCUUUUUUUAAACCAACUGCUAAUAGGAAAAUGCAAAUAUUUUUUUGACAUAUUGUGUGGCAAGUAGCAAAUAUAUAUAUAUAUACUAUUUAAAAACUUUUCUUAAAGUAAAUAGAGCUUAACAAUAAUUUUUUUAAGCAAAAGUUCUUGAAUUUGAAGUGAAUUUUAUAAAAAAUUCAUUUUAUUCCUGGCGUAUGUCCCAAUAAAUUUGUGGUACUCAAAUGUCCUCCUGUUAUUUGGACAUAAAUACUUGGAACAUGAAAAUUUAAUUCAAAUGUUGCUCUUUCUAUGUAAUUAUGAAACAAAGUGACAGGUUUUGUUCCUAAUAGUUUAUUACAUAUAGGCGUAAUAGUUUAUUACAUAAAGUGCUUUUCGAAAACCAGUUAAAUAGAUUUAUUUUCCAUAGUAAGCUUUUCUUAUAAAGGCCUUGGAUUUUUUCUUAAAGUAAAAAGGGAGUAUUAAUAUAAUAUUUGUAAUUUUAUAUUAAUAAUGUUACCAAUGUUUAAGCAAUUACUUUUGGUCUGAUACAAAUGGCAUAGUAAUUUUAACUUUCUUUGUUAAUAAACCUAUCAUUUGCAGCUUCACAAAUCUGUGCAUUAACACCUUGACUGCUGUAGGGAUCACCGGUGACCGGCAGGCCCAUAUAAAUUGUACUGUAAGAAAUUCAAUGUGGCACUUAAUGUGCUAAUUUCAGUUAUGGUUUCAUUAGUUAUACAUGUUGUAUAUAUUUAUUGUGGCUUGUAAAAAUUAAUAUACUUUCAUGAACUAAAAGUAUUUAUUCAUUCAUUACCACUCUUUGCUACUAUACUAUUAUUAAUUUUGUGAUGGAGUUACUACCUGUUAUAUGAAUUCUGAAUUUGUCUUGCUUUUAGUGAUUUGCAGUAUUGACAAAAUAUGCAAAUCGAAUUAAUAUGUGCUGGUUAUAAUUUCAUCAUACAAAUUCAUAAUGUAAGCUAAAAUAACGUUAUGUGUCCAAUUCUGCAACAAAAUUCUGAAAAAGAAAUUUCUUUAUCCCAUUUAUUUUUUGAAGAAUUAUUCAGGAUUUUUUAAAAAAUAAAAAUAGAAUCCAGCCUAGUGAGACUAAAAGAUAUAUUUUCUUCUAUCAAAAUUUAUAAUUGGAAAUCCUCAUAUUUUUGACUG